AUGAUGAUGAUGUUUGCGUUUGUUUAUACCGCCUUCGUAUUUGGUGUGCUGAAGAUGACAGCUGCACAGUUGCGCUGCCCUUAUGAGGGGUGUGUAUGUGAAAGAAACCUCAUUUCAUGUGCGGCACAAAACUGGAGAACGUUGCCCAAGCCACUUGUUUCACAUGUUGACGAUAUGGAGUACCUGGAUUUGCAA